AUGGUAUAUGUCAAUCGCCGGCCACUUUCGGGCCAUUAUCCAGGCGGCAGCUCGGGGGGAGGUGGCGGUGUGGACUCGUUGCCUGGGGUCUCUACCGCCGGAGAUCACUACGACAGAUACAACCCGUGGGUUGGUCGAAAUACCGGGGGUUACUACCGUAGUAACGGCAACGACACCGAUAUUGACCUUCCCCCCAUUCCUGUCGAAUGGAUUAUCUCACCUGUGCGUAUCCACGGCGGUGAAUGCCCCUCUGGCAACGGUACUGUUACCUCUUUUGUCGUCUCCGAUCUCGUCUCUUGUGUCCUCAUGAUCAUCCUUUUCUACCCUCCGGUACUCAAGAGAAUCACCUGUGGCCUCAUGGGAAGGACGAAUAAGUCGGCCGCCAAAAAGAGUGGAGAUUGGAAAAUAUGGUUCGGCUGGAUGUUUCCACUAUCCCUGGAGCUCUUGGGCAACAUUGUCAACACCGCCAUCGUCGUCAAUUCUGAAGGGUAUGAACACCUUGCCUUCCGCAACGUCUUCGCCCUCUACUCGUCCCGCCCACGCGCCAAGGUCUGGCUCUUCUCUCUCCUUCGUUUUUCGAAAUAUGAAGGCGAGUAUAUAUUUGCCGAUUCAUACAUUGGAAUCUCGGUUGCAGAGGUCAUUCUUCACAUUGUCAUGGCGUCGUUUAUCGGAGUAACCUGGCGACGAUUCCCCAACGACCCCAUCAAGGAGUGGAUGAAGCCGCUCACUACAUACAUGCAAGUUGUGCCGGCCAUUUUAUUCCUCGCGGUUGCUCUAGUGGUGCCGAUCUGGCGACGAUCGGGACACCCAUCCUGGUUCAAUGCAUCGUUCUGGGACAUUGUUCUUGCGUGUUUCUUUUUUGGGACAGUUUACGCAGCACCUUGGGCUUACUGGGCGCAUUUUCUGGAGUUGCCUGGGUCCCUGUGGGUUACCCUUUUUCAGCUGCGACAUCAGAAGCAGAAGCUUGCUAACACUGCGUAG